UGUGGACAUACCAAAUCAUGGACUCGACCAUUUCAUGUUCCGAGCGAAAGUAUUUCAUCAUAACCUCCACUUUUAUGGGCAUUGGGAAUCAAAUUGAAUGCAGGUCGAAACACCGAAAAUAUGAGUAAGGUGAUCGACUGCAUGGGGAUCUGAUAUCAUAGCUUCAUCAUUGACCCAAGCUGGAGGGCGAAAAAAGUGACAUCAGAUUGAACCACCCACCUUUGCUUGCAAUCGACUACAUGUAUAUAAACCCUCGCGAAAUUGCACGACUGACCAGAUUCAAAGCCAAUAACUCUACAUAACUUCAAACGAAAACCAUUUCCACCACAAAUCAACCGAACUUUUUUGUCCUACCUCACAUAUCCCAAACAACCACCACCACCACCACCACCAUAAUGUCUUCUCCUCACCGCGGCGGCAGACUCGAGGACAUGGCCCCGACGGGCACCUCGAUCCCCAACGACGCCGGCCUCCAGAACACCAUCCCGUCCGUGCCGCGCCCGGACCAGCGGGCCGAGCACGGCGGCUUCGAUAACUACGGCGUCGCCCAGCCCUCCUCCGCCUUCGCCGCGGACAACGCCACCGACAUGCCGCGCAGCGCCCGCGACAUGGGCGCCACCGGCGAGGUCCUGACCGGCACCGGCAACUCCUUCCCCGCCGAGGGCGAGUCCAAGCGCACCUUCAUCGGCAACCAGCACCCGGGCGCCAAGGGCCACGGCCGCGACCUGAAGCACCGGAACAUGAACCGCGGGGCCUUUGACCGCUUCGCGGCCGAGGAGGAUGACGCGGCCGGGGAGCAUCAGAUUCGGAACGAGUAAAUGGUGUUGAUCGUUUUUGUCUUGUGUGAUGACGACUUCUUUUUGGGAUGGGAUGAUUGAGUCGCGGCUGGUAUGCGACUUUGCAUGAUGGAUAACGAUAUUUUGGAUGGAAUCAAAUGUAUUAUAGAUCUUUUUUGAAGGUUGACCGGCCUGGGUUUUGGACGGGCCUUGAUUGUUGUAUAAUGAGAAUCG